AUCUGAAAUUUUAAGAACAUAUUUUUUAUCUUACAAUGCAAACUUUAACAUUAUUUCAUAAAUACUUAAUUCUACCUCUAUCAGUGGCGGAUACUAAAGAAUAAAACUGGAUCCAACCAAAAACAAAAAUUAAUUCUUAAGAGCACGUCUAAUGCACAUACUAACUAAACAAUAUAAACAAUACUAACCAACAGACGGCAAUAUCAUCGUCAUGAACAAUUGUUGCUUGUUUCUUUUUUAUUUCCGUUGAACAGUUUUUUUUUUCUAGUAUUUCACUGUAAUACUUGUACGAUACACACAAAUAACAAACAACAAAUCAAUCGAUAGGAAUUAUCGAAAUCGUUCGCAAUUUUUUUUUGUUUGUAUUUUUUUUACUAUUUGGUUUAUUUGUGAAAAUUGUAUUUCCAUUUUAAUUUCUAAAAGAGUCUAUCGUGUUGAAAAUAAAAAAAAAAUCAUCAUAAUUCAGUACAUUAUUGUGCACGAAACACACACGUAAAUUAACUGAAAAUAUAAACGGCGCGGCAUUAAAUAACAUUAUAUUGAUGUGUUUCAGUGAAAACAAUGAAAAAAGCCAAAAAAUUAACAGUGAUUGUAUGAAAAAAAAUUAAAACAUUUUACAAAGUUAUCAACACAAUUUACAAAAAAUAGUCAAACUUGUAUUUAUUAAAAGGGUAUAAAUAAAAAUAUUAAAUCAAAACACAUUGUUUUCUCGUUUCUGUGAAAUAUUUUGUUGAAUUAAAGCAAAAAAAAAUUAAUAAUAAAAAAUAUAUAUACGUAUGUAUACACAUACAUAUACACAAUUUUUAUAAUUGCAUUAUAUAGAAAAUAAAAAAAAAUAUAUCUGUAUAAAAAUACCAUGUCAUGUAUUGGUUGGAUGGUUUUACAUUUGAUGACAAUUUAAUCAAUAAUUCAUUUUUGAGCGCAGACAGCAAUGGAGAAUUAAGUGACAAUAAUCAUCGUUUAUCAAAGGCCUCCUCAUCAAACAAUUUUAGAUCAUCAAAUCGUAAGGCACAACAUCUUAGAGGAUUAGCGGUCACAACAAAAGCAAAACGAAGACGGCAUGCGCACUAUAAACUAAACACCAGAUUGGAUCGAAAGUCAUCGCGUGGCAUGAUCUAUGAAAAUGAAGAAUUAAGAUUACGUACCAUCAACAUUAAUGCUGAGGUAGAGAGAGGACAAACAGAUAUAAAACGUUUACGUAAAGAAAAUGAACAAUUACGACGAGAAAUUUGGACACUACGUGAUGAAUGCGAUCGACUUAACAAGCGCGUUAAGGCAAAAUUUAUAGAACAUGAACAUGGUGUAUAUAGUGUUAGAUGUAGCGGAGGUAAUAACUGUUCCUGUCAAUAUAACGAAGGUGGCGGCGCAUGCGAUGGUGUACAUAGUAGAUGUAAUAGUGAGGAUUCAGAUUCCUGUGACUCUUGCUGUUGCCACGAUGAAGAUGAUGUUGCCUGCAAUGAAGAAUGCUGCAAUGAAAGUAAAAAACUAGCUGAUAUUGCUGAAGGCCAACAGAUAACAGAAGUGUUACCGCAAAAUGACACUGCUAAUGCUGUUUCGACAGAAGCUUCACCUACUGGCCCUAGCAAAUUAACAAAUUUCGAUCAUUUAUCGGUGGUAUCGGAGGAAACACUAAGUAAUAGUGAAGUAGCUUUAACACAACCUGCUGAAAACCUUUUAGGUUAUACCCCCGAUAUAAGUGGUUCGCAAACCACCCUGCCUAGUUUAGUGGGACCGUUAACACCUCUAACUCCUAUAGAGCUAGUUGCAAAUGAAUUAAACGAUUUACAGGCUGUAGUUCCACCUCUAUCGUAUUUCGAAAAUGUUUUGCAGCAACACAUGGAUUCAAAUUUCGGUAGCACUCCUGAAAGCUCAUCUACUACCAAUUCGGGCAAAACAAUUGUUAGGCAUACUAAUGGUUGGGACUACAAUCUGGAGUCACCUUUUGCUCAAAGGCGAUAUCAAGCUAACUCUAUAUAUAUAUCUAAACGUUCACCAGCACAAACUUUAACUACAUUUGUACCUACUACCACAGUGACACCACCUCCUCCUUCAGACAUUGCAACCACGAAUGGAAAACCUGCAUUGCCGAAAAAACCUACCGAUCUUAGUGUAACUAGUCCCGUUAUCGAAACAGUGCCCAUAACAAUAUUGCCGCCUAAUGGUUAUGCAAGUGCAGCAAUAAUAAAUAAUGGCGACAACAAUGGCAAUACAACACCUAAGCACUUUUUCGCGCCCAUUAAACCCAAACUGAAGUUAAAUACAGCCUUGGCAAAUCAAAAACGUUUACCACCACCCCCACCUCCAGUGACCGAAACAGUAUCUCAAACGCAAUCAUUGAUGCCACAACAUAAAUGUGAACCUCCCGAUAUUUAUGUGACCAAUGCCCUGGCAUCACCUUAUAGGCCACCCAACAAGCCAACCGUGCAACCACCACCAAUACCACAACGCAUAACCAGUACAUCAACAAUCCAAGCACAAGUAAGUUCCACUCAACAUCAAAGAAAUAGACAACAACUACAUCAUCGUAGACAACAUCAAAUGCGUCGUUAUCAGCAACAUAAUAAUGUUGCUGUAUCUAAUAAUGAUGAUGUAUAUGUAAUGCCAACAAUAUCCACUACUAUCACUUCUACAAAUACUAAUGAUAAAGCUACAAUUUCAACUACUACAACAAUAACAACAGAAGCAUUAAACUUUACUAACACUUUAUGCACCAGCAUGCAAACUAAUUUAAAAACUUUGUGUCCACUACUAACAACAAUGACAACAACAACUGUUUUAACUUCUAAUUCUUUAUGUAAUUCUUUAAAUCCAUUACUAACAACACCAACAACAAUAUCAUCACCAUUACUAACAGCAGCAGCAGCGAAAACAGUACGAACAACAACAAGUUUAUUAUAUUUAACAUCAACAACAUGUCCACCAGCAGCUUGUUUUAAAUUUAUAAAUUCCAAUAUUAACUUUCGUAAACCUAAUGAUCCUGUUUAUGCAAUCGCACAAAAUGUUUGCCAUAAUUUAAUCACCGCUACUGCUGUUACACAACCCCUGAUGUCAUCGAUUGUUAAGUGUUGUAUAGCGAAACAACAACAGUUACAAUUACAACAACAUCUACCAAUACCAACAGCUGCAUCAUCAUCAACAGCAGCACAAAGUUUUCGUACUUCUACUACUAUAACAUCUGCAAUUGCUGCUGGUGGUGGCGGUUGUAUUGAUAUUAUGCCACCACUACCACCAGCACAAACAACUGUGUCACCAACGUCAACAACAUCAUCGUCGUCACCAUCAUCAUUGUCAUCGAUGGCAAAAUUAUCAAGUGUUUCAUGUAAUUUAACCAUAAAUUCUUCCUUUAAAAAACCAAUAACAACAUCAUUGAGAACGUCAACCACAUCAACAAAUUGUAUUGUUGUCGAUUCGAUGUGUCAGACUGACUCAGCCAAUUUAGAGUCAAUUUUAAACGAUAUUGAGGCCAUUUCAGAAGAUAUCUUAGCCAUACAACUAAUUAAAAAUAAAUCCCGUGAUAAUCUAAACAAUAAAUCUACAGAUUCAAUUAACACAACUGAGCAACAACCACUGCAGCCGAACAAUAAAUAUAAUAAACCAUACAGAUCUGAAAUGAAUUUAUUGCUAACCUAUGAAGGUGACAAUCCUACAAUAAAGCCAGCGGAAACUAAUGACAAUAGUGAAACAAGUCCGGAAUCAAAUACAAAUACAGCUAGAAGAACAAGAUCUCUGGAAAGAGAUCAUACAGACAGUCCAUCGCCACAUAUACCAGAUCCGAUGCAACCUUUUCCGGAAAAUCGUAAAUACAUAGGAUUUGAUCGUAUCAAUAAGGCUGCCAUUAUAGCAACCACAACAGCACCCAUGGUGGCUGCUACAGCAACACAAACUUCCCCCAUAACAAAUUCACCAUUAAAUCAAAGAGCUCAGUUGCCUUUGUCACCCCUGGUUACUAAUGUUAAUACACCAAAAACUAUAAAUGGUAAACAAUUACCUCCCACUCCACCAAACCGAUCAUAUCCAACACCAUUGAAUAUCAAGUGUGCUGGUAUAGCGAGAAGUAGUUCUGUAACUGGUUGCCUGCCAACAACUGAUUCUAGUACAAAUUCUCCAGUGCUAGCUGGUGUAUCGCCCAAUCAAAGUCAAUUAUAUGCUGCUUUGGCCAAUGCUGCUGCCAAAAGAGCACAAUUUCGAUCUCAGCCAACACAUAUAACAAGGUCACUAGAUAUGGAUAGUAAUAUGCCGGAAAACAUCAAUGAUGAUGAUAUAAAUGGUGUAAAAGAGGAGAAAGAGAGUACGGAAAAUGCCAAAAGAAAAGCUCGACGAGUAUCCAUAGUUUGUGCCGACACUGAUAGCCCAGGAACACCAGAAAAACCUUCGCCAGCUUUGCGUACUCAAAUGCCUACUUUUCAAGUUCAACCCACAACCAGUGGUAGUUGUAUGGAUUUACAUGCUGUAAUGACAAAUCCGGCAUUACGCAACAUUAAACAAACUAGCCAGAGUACACCAAAUACUCCACAUUCCUCCCGCAAAGUUGAGAAUUCACCACUGGCCAUAACGCAACUACCGCCCACUAUCUCAAUCACGCCCAAUUCAACGCCUGAACAUCAACGCAACAACUCCAAUACGAGUGGUAUAUCACAGCUACUAGCUCACAAUCAUGGUCAUAGUAAUAGUUAUCCAAAUGUUGUGUCACCAUUGACAAAACAACAUCAACAACCGCGUAAAAAUAGUCAAGACGCAAUUAAAGCCAGCGCAGCGGAAAUAGCUUGCGCUGCUGCCAAUGCCAUGCGUUCGAAAUGUUCACGACGUCACUCUGAUGGCACAGUAUCACAUGGUAAUCAACGUAUUAGUGGUGCAAGUGGUGGUACCAAUGGGACUCAUCAUCACCAUCAGCACAAUCACCAUCAUCAUCAACACAGCUCUUCUCUAGUAAGCAACACAAAUCCGCAUCACAGUCAUCAUUCCCGUCGAGACAGCAAUCACGAGACUGUAGCUUCAUUUUCCGAUCGUAAUUCAAAUAGUUUAGCAUCAUCACGGGAAUCAUCGGCCAGUUUUAGUUUGCGCUCGCAAAGGCGUAAAUUAUCUGUAAGUUCUCACACUGGUGGCAAGAUACCAUGGUGUGGCUGUUGGGGCAAUGGUUGUUUGUGAAUAUUUGCCAUUAUUUAUUCAGUUCUUUAAAAUUAUUUGUUUUUAUUUUUAUUAUUAUUUAUUUAAAUAUUUGUUUGUAAGUAUAUUGCAUUCAAUAAAAUUUAAGUGCAGAUUUUUCUUUUACUAAA